AUGACGGACUCGGACACGGAAUCAUUUCAUAGUGCUGUUGGUAGCUUGUCGGAUCAGGAGGAUAUGAACACCAUUGAUACUUAUUUAAAAAGCGAAGAGGUUGAUGAAGAGGAGAAAGUCAGUGCUGUCCAAGACAGCAAAUAUAAAUUCAGUGAAUCUAGUAAUGGUAAGACGCAAAAUAAGUAUUCCGACAAUAAAUCUGAGGUAUCGGAAAUGCUAUUCGUAAAUCGAAAGAAACAAAUGUUUCAAGAUCUAUUAUUUUCUGAGGAGUCUUCAAAAUGCAAAUCUAUUUUGAAAGGACAAAAUCAUGAUUGUGUGUCAGCGAAUGAAGCUCAUUCUGAUCCAGAGAGAGAAAUCAUUUCAGUCCAAGAAUUGAAAGUGGGUGAUGUCUCUUCUGGAAAGAUGCCUGAUUCCCAAACACCGGAAUGGCCCAUUUUACAAUACAGCAGAAUGAGUAUCGGGAAGAUGUCAAAAUCAAAAAAUAACGGAUCGGACAAAAUUUCCCAGAAAGAUGAGAAACUGUUCGAGAUGAAUGGAUUUAAAGUUGAAGUAGCACAAAAGUUUGCAACAGAUAGUGAUAAAAAAUCUGGAAUUGAAAGUAAAGUUCCUGCUUCGGGAAUUGUGGAUAAUGCCAACAUGGUAGAGAAAAUGGAACGGUGUGAGGGAAGAAUCGUUAUUGAUCAUGAGGGGUGGGAUGAUUGGGAAUUGGAAUAUGCAGGAAAAGAUGGGAGCGUUAUCGAAAUCCAAAAUGAAAACCAAGAAUCGCCACGGAUGCUGGCAAAUGACGAACAAAACAGAAUUAUUGCCAGUUCGAAAUUAAAGGCUGGACUGAAGACAAACGAAGUCAAGACAAGCAAGUCGUUCUGGGAUUGGACUGAAUUUGGCGAUAUGGUCUCUGCUGUUGGAGAAGGUUUAACGAAUAUAUCCAGUGUUGUCGAAUCAAGCCUUGGAUUGCCAACACCAGAAGAAUUAGUAAGAGGCCAAUCGAUGGAGAAACUUGCCAAUGAUUAUACUACGAAAGUUGGGAGACUCGAAGUCUACUUAAAAUACUGGAUUUUGCAGGAAAGAGAGGAAAUAGCUAGCUCUAGUAUAAAAUCAUACGGCAAGCUGUUCGCAGGUUUUGGGGCUAACGUUGUAACGGGUUCGUUAGACGUACUUGAAGCACUUGGCAAGAAGACAUUUGAAAAACUAACUCUACCAGAACAGGGUUCCGAGAAAAGGCGAUUUAUCUUUGAACCGGAAAGAGGUCAAAAUUUGUCCGAUGUUUUACGAGAGGUACGCGAAAGUCGAGCAGAAGAAGCGGCAUUUACAACUAGUUGUAUUACAAAACGCGAACUUACAUUUAUUGAUUUCUUUGAGAAAUUUAAUGACACUACUAAUCAGUUGUUUAAUCUUUCCAGAGAAGUAAAUGAAAUUUUCACUGAAGAUCUAGUCAAUACCUUGGAAGAGUAUCAGGAUGAUCAACAGGGAAAUUUCCUUUAUAAUUUCAAAGAAAUAUUAGUAGCUAUUGCCCUACCUUACAAAGAUUCGUGUUUAAUAGAUUCCUAUGCACGAUGUCAAAAACGUUUGGAAAAGUUACCUGAUUCUAACAAUCAAAUUUUCGAACUUUUUCUGGAGUGUUUGGCCGAUUUUACCGCUCAAAGCGUGCAAUCUGUUCAUAAAUUGGGACAAUUGCUGUUAAUUACGACUACCGUAGUGAAACAGGAACCCUUUUCUGAAUUGCAUAGCCUAAUUGGACGACAAAUUUCAUUUUUCAGUAAUCAGUUUGCUCAACAUAUUAGUGCGGUCGAUACACCUUCUGAAGAAACAGAAGAAUUAGUCACAGCGGUUUUUCUAGCAGCCGUCGAUUCAUUCUCAUAUGUACAGCAGUCAUUUCGUCUUCUGCGACCAUUACUUAUUCUGUGA